AUGGCCGCCAAUACUUCCAAUUACAAAUUGAGUGCUGCUAUUGCCAACUUAAAGUACAAUGAUCUCAUUCCCUAUCCGAACGCCAGCGACAAAACCACCCGCGAAUUCCUCCAGAAAGUCGUCGACAUCCUCAUGGACUACAUCCAGAAGCAGAACGACCGCAACGAGAAGAUCCUGGACUUCCACCACCCGGAGGAAAUGAUCAAAGUGCUCGACCUCAAGAUCCCCCUCGAAGGCGUGUCGCUGAACCAGCUCAUCCACGAUUGCGCCACCACCCUCAAGCACCAAGUAAAAACAGGCCAUCCGCACUUCUUCAACCAGCUGUCCAGCGGCCUGGACCUCGUCUCCAUGGCCGGGGAGUGGCUCACCGCCACAGCCAACACCAACAUGUUCACCUACGAAAUCGCCCCGGUCUUCAUCCUCAUGGAGACCGUCGUCAUGACUCACAUGAGGGAGAUCAUCGGCAGGUGUUGGAGGAAAGGAGAUUCCAUCUUAGCACCGGGCGGUUCUAUUUCCAAUUUGUACGCUUUCCUGGCAGCCAGGCACAAAAUGUUCCCCAACUACAAGGAGAAGGGCAUCGCCACCAUUCAAGGCCAGCUCGUCAUGUACACCUCCGAUCAAAGCCACUAUUCAGUGAAAUCGUGCGCCUCGAUUUGCGGCCUGGGAACGGACAAUUGCGUGAUGGUGCCUUCGGACGAAAGGGGCCGCAUGAUUCCCGCCGAAUUGGAGCGAUUGAUCGUCGACAGGAAGAACAAGGGGCACAUUCCGUUCUUCGUGGCCUGCACCUCGGGCACGACCGUGCUGGGCGCCUUCGAUCCCCUCAACGACAUCGCGGACAUCUGCAAGAAGCACGGCAUGUGGAUGCACGUCGAUGCCGCUUGGGGCGGUGGUCUUUUGCUGUCGAAGAAGUACAGGCAUCCUCGCUUGUCGGGAAUAGAACGCGCUGAUUCGGUGACCUGGAAUCCGCACAAACUUAUGGGAGCUCUGUUACAAUGCUCCACCAUUCAUUUCAAGGAAGAUGGCCUGUUGAUGAGCUGCAAUCAAAUGUCGGCCGAUUACCUGUUCAUGCAAGACAAACUCUACGACAUCAGAUACGAUACCGGUGAUAAAGUCAUCCAGUGCGGAAGACACAAUGAUAUUUUCAAGCUCUGGCUGCAAUGGAGAGCUAAAGGCGACGAUGGUUUCGAACAACUGAUGGACAGAUUGAUGGAACUCACCGAGUACAUGGUGAAACGCAUCAAAGAACAACCGAACAAAUUCCACCUAAUCAUGGAACCCGAAAUGGUCAACGUCAGUUUUUGGUACGUCCCGAAGAGAUUGAGAAACGAACCCCACGGCCCGUCCAGGGAGAAGAAACUUGGAGAGUUGUGCCCGCGCUUGAAGGCGAAAAUGAUGGAGGAAGGCACCCUGAUGACUGGCUACCAGCCCGACGACAGGAGGCCGAAUUUCUUCAGGAACAUCAUCUCCUCGGCCGCCGUCACCGAGGCGGACAUCGACUUCCUGCUGGCCGAAAUGGACAGACUCGGCCAAGACAUGUAA